UAAAAUAUGAAAAAUUAAAGGUGAGGAAAGGAAAAAUGUUUUUUAGGGAAUAUUGUGUUUUCUGCAAAGAUAACAAUAUUUAUAUUGACAGAUUAUAUGUAUAUACCGAUAAAUGUAUGCAUUUAUCCUUGUUGGCGAGAACAUUAUAUAAAUAUAUUAUAGCAUUUUUAAUUAUUUUGUUUUAG